AUUUCCGCCCCAUGAUCCCAGAUCGUCAUGGAGGCAUAGUGGGGGUCAGGGGUAAUAGUUCUGGGUAGGGUGUCGGCUAGAUCUCGAAGUCUGCAUUGAUGCUUCUACGGCUUUUCUUUUUUUGCCUGAUUGACGAGUUGCAACUGCCACCAUUAAUAAGGCCCUCAUUACCAUUCUUGGUUUUGGAUGGUUCUUCUGUGCGGGACAAGUUUGGAAGACGAGGCUUAUUCAACCGUUAAUAAUAAAACAUCCCUACUUUGUAUCCGACGUGGUUUUGAAGUCUCACAUCUUUCGUAAACUUCGAACUUGUAGCAUCACGACAAAGCCAGCUGUUUCAACCACCUCUCACCUAUCCCCUCAUACGACCUGACCUGGUACCUACCUACCUUAGGUUACCUUAUCCUUUUACCCCGCCCCCGCCCCCGCCUCGAAGGUGCCCCGAAACCAACCGAAGCCGAAGAAGAAACAGUUCCAACUCGACCAGGGCAAGAAAAAGAUGGCGGAUAAGACCUACAAGCUAAAUACCGGGCAGGAGAUCCCCACCAUUGGUCUCGGAACAUGGCAGGGCGAGGCAGGCAAGGUCAAGACGGCCGUCUCUUUCGCGCUCCAGAACGGGUACAAGCUGAUCGAUGGCGCCUACUGCUACGCCAACGAGGAGGAGGUCGGCGAAGGCCUGCUGGAGGCCUUCAACAACGGCGUCAAGCGCGAGGACGUCUUUGUUGUCACCAAGCUGUGGUGUACCUACCAGACCAGCGACGAACGUGUCAAGCUCGGCCUCGAGAAGAGCCUCAAGGCGUUGGGCUUGGAUUAUGUUGAUCUGUUUUUGGUCCACUGGCCUGUGGCCAUGAAUUCCGAGGGUAACCAUGACAGGUUCCCUACUCUCCCCGACGGCAGCCGUGACAUCAUCCACAGCCACUCCCAUACCAAUACGUGGAAGUCCAUGGAGAAGCUCCUCGACACCGGCAAGGUCAAGGCCAUUGGUGUCUGCAACUACAGCAAGCGCUACCUCGAGGAGCUCUUCGCCUCCAAUCCCAAGGUCAUCCCCGCCGUUAAUCAAAUCGAGAACCACCCCAGCCUACCACAAGACGAGAUCGUCGAGCUCUGCAAGGAGAAGGGCAUCCAUAUCAUGGCCUACAGCCCUUUCGGCAGCACCGGCGGUCCUCUUUUCACUGCCGAGCCCGUCGUCAAGAUUGCGCAGAAGCACAACGUCUCACCAAAUACCGUCCUUCUAAGCUACCACCAGGCCCGUGGCAGCACUGUUCUCGCCAAGUCCACCUCCCCAGACCGAAUCAAGGCCAACCUGCAAACUGUCGACCUUGACACCGAGGAUAUCAAGCUGCUAACUGAUUACUCGACUGGCCUGGUCGCCAAGCAGGAGCUCAAGCGUUACGUCUACCCUGCCUUCAAUGUCGACUUUGGUUUCCCCGACAAGGCUUAGGGAGAUUUAUCAUUUGGGAGGUUGUCCCUAGGGCUUUCGUGUUGAUUCUAUCCAUAGCAUGAACAUGCCACGUACCGAAAAAGCGCACAUAAGCCAAUAGCAUCUAGUUUUGAGGCCAUUCCCUCGUCCCGUAUAAAAUAAUUAUAGACGGCCAAUAAUUCAGUACCUAUCGUGAGUCACCCGGCCCGGCGCCCAUGUCUACUACGACCUUGAUGAUCAAAUUCCCCGACUCGUCCUUCACCUUUGCAGCCAUGUCAAAAGCAUCCCGAAUACGCGCCAGACCGGAGAACCUG